GCGGCGGCAGCGGGAUGGCUGGGCGGGCAGCGCCGGCCCCGCCGGCGUCCUCCGCAUCCCGAGGCGCAGGCAGGAGGAGCCCGGCGGCCGGGGCCCGGCUGCGCUCCCGGCAUCCCCGCCCCGUACCGGUCGGCACGACCCGGCUGUAGGAGCCCCGCCGCGCCCCAUGGUGCUCAGUCUGCUCGUGUCGGCCUACGAGCUCUGCCGCCUGGCCAUGCCCAACCCGGAGGGGCCGGCGGGCGGCGCGGGCUGGUGGGUGGAGCGGCUGGGCGUCGGCGGCCGCGAGGUCUCGCCCGGCCUGGGGUCGGACAUCCAGGCCGCGCUGGAGCGGAUCCUGCCCGAGCUGCACCAGGCCGUGUCGGCCGCCAAGCAGGCGGCCGGCCCCCACGACCUGCGGGCCAGGCUGGCCGAGAUCCUGGCGCUGGUGGAGGAGGCCUGGCAGAUGCCGGCCGUGGGCCGCGAGGUGGCCAAGGGGCUGUGCGACGCCCUGCGGCUGGAGGGCGGGCUGGACCUGCUGCUGGCCCUGCUGCAGGGCGGCGAGGCGGAGACCAAGAGCCGCGCGGCGCAGCUGCUGGAGCAGGUCCUCGUGGCCGAGAACAGGAACCGCGUGGCUCGGAUCGGACUGGGGGUGAUCCUGAACCUGGCCAAGGAGCGGGAGAGUCUGCCUCUGGCUCAGAGCAUCUCGGGCAUCUUGGAGCACAUGUUCAAGCACUCGGAGGAGACCUGCUUCCAGCUGAUCUCCAACGGGGGCCUCGACGCUGUCCUCUACUGGUGCCGCUGGAAUGAUCUGGUGGUGUUACGCCACUGUGCCACGGCCUUGGCCAACUGCGCUGUGUACGGUGGGCAGGCCAACCAGCGGCUGAUGGUGGAGAAGAAGGCUGCCGAGUGGCUCUUCCCGCUGGCCUUCUCCAAGGCAGAUGACCUCGUCCAGUUCCAGGCCUGCCUGGCCAUCGCGGUGCUGGCCACCAACAAGGAGAUUGAGAAGGAGGUGGAGCACUCGGGCACGUUGGCCCUGGUGGAGCCCUUCGUUGCCACCCUCGACCCGGGCUGCUUCGCCCACACCUUGCUGGGCAGCAGCGACAACAGCCAGGGACGGACGGCGGACGACCUGCAGUGCCUGGUGCCUCUGCUUGACAGUUCCCGCCUGGAGGCCCAGUGCAUGGCGGCCUUCUACUUCUGUGUGGAGGCCGCCAUAAAAGCGAGGCAGAAGAAGACAAAGAUUUUUGCAGAGAUCGGGGCCAUCCAGAGCCUGAAGAGGAUUGUCUGCUACUCAGCCAACGGCACCACCUCCAUGCUCGCCAAGAGGGCGCUUUGCACCAUGGGGGAGGAGGUGCCCCGGCGACUGCUACCGACCGUGCCCAACUGGAAGCCCCUCGAGGUGCAGAAGUGGCUGCAGCAGAUUGGCUUCACCAAGUACUGCCCCCGCUUCCUGGAACACCAGGUGGAUGGAGACCUGCUGUUAAGGUUGACUGAGGAAGAUUUGCUGGCAGACCUGGGCAUGAGCUCCAGCAUCACCCGCAAGCGGUUCUUUCGGGAGCUGACAGAGCUCAAGACCUAUGCCGACUACUCAACCUGCGACCGCAGCAACCUGGCCGACUGGCUGGGCAGUGUGGACCCCAGGUUCCGCCAGUACACCUAUAGCCUGGUGACCCGUGGCAUCGACCGGAACUUCCUCCACCGCGUCACGGAGCAGCAGCUGGAGGAGGACUGCCGGAUUGGCGUGGGCUUCCACCGUGCCCGCAUCCACUCUGCUGCACGGGAGAUGCUUCACUCCCCCUUGCCGUGCAGUGGCGGGAAAUCCACCUUGGAGGGGACGGACGUUUUCAUCAGCUACCGGCGGCGGACAGGAUCCCAGCUGGCCAGCCUCCUCAAGGUCCACCUCCAGCUCCACGGAUUCAGCGUCUUCCUCGACGUGGAGAAAUUGGAGGCUGGGAAGUUUGAGGACAAGCUGACCCAGAGUGUGAUGAAGGCCCGGAACUUUGUGCUGGUCCUCUCCUUCCAGGCCCUGGACCGCUGCAUGGGGGACGAGGGGUGCAAGGACUGGGUGCACAAGGAAAUAGCAACUGCCCUCAGCUGCAGGAAAAAUGUCAUCCCGGUGACAGACCACUUUGAAUGGCCUAACCCGGAGGAGCUUCCCGAGGACAUGAGAGCCAUCCUGAAAUUCAACGGGAUCAAGUGGUCCCACGAGUAUCAGGAAGCCACCAUUGAGAAGCUCAUCCGCUUCCUGCAGGGGCGCUCCUCCCAGGACUCCCCCGCCGGCUCGGACAACAGCCUGGAAUGCAGCCCUCCUCUGGGGCAGAGCUAGGAGCCGGGGGGCCGGGCUGGGCCUGCCUUCUCCUGCCCCUCCCCACCCGGCGGGAUCUGCUACCUCUCCCACCCGUGCCCUCCGCGGUCAGUGCUGAAGGGGGAGCCUAGCCCCCCCCCGCCCGCCUCAGUCUCGCACGCUGCUGCUGGGCUCCCAGGCGAUCCUUUCGGGGUCAGAUCACCCUGCUUCUCUCCAGGGCCCUUGGCAGAUUCAGCCACCAAUGCCGGAUCUCCCCACCGGGGAGGCUGCAGGGCUUUGGGGCAGGGAUGGGGGUCUGGGCCCCCAAAAGGGGAAUCUUCCAGGCAAUUGUGGCAAUGAGUGGGGGACUUGUGAGGUGGGGGGCACCGCCCUCCAGGGGUCAGCUCUGGAGCAGCAGCAAAGGAUUGUUAUUGUACACUGCCCAGAGUCUCUUCCUGUGAGAUGGGCGGCCCUAUACGUUUGAUUAAUGAUUAAAUAAAGGAGGCCCUUGCCGGCAAGUUCCCGGAGGCCUAGCCUUCCCCACUGCCAGUUGCCUUGCCUGUGCUUGCGAGGGCCCUCCUUCGGGCUCCCCACAGCAGCCUUUUCCUGCGCCAGCCCGGCACGUCCAAGAGGUCAGCCCCCCACUUGGUGCACCCCACACAUUCAGGUCUGGUUGCUCUGGGGAGGUGGGGCGUGGCUGCUGCCCCCUCCUCUGGAAGCAGUCUAGCUGGGGCCCAGCCAGGGAAGUUGCUGCUGCCGCUGCCUCCACUUCCACCCCUCUUGGCCUGGCCAUGUUCCAGGGGUGCCAUGUGUGGUCCCUGAAAUGGAGGCUCAGGGCUUCAGUGAGGCUUUUCUAUAGCUGGCGGGCAGUUAGUAGGUUUGCAGGAAGAAUGUCUGCCCAGGGGCCAAGGAAGGCCUUGUCCUCCCCCCAUCACGGCUGCUUCUCCCAGCAGCCCCCCAUGGGCCCUCCCCAGUCAGGAGGUGGUUUUGCAGCUUCCAGAGGCACUGGGAAUCACACGUUCCUUUGGAUGGGAUGUCUGGAGGUGGUCUCCAUGCCACGGCCCUGUAGUUUCUGUGGCACAGCCAGCUGCCCUCGAGUGAGGGAAGGCCCCUCCUCCUUCCUGCUGUUUUGGCUUGGGAGCGACUCAGGGGGCUGCUGGGAUGGAAGGGACUGAGGCCUCACAGCACCUCCUUGAAGAACGCCCAACGCGCCCACCCAGUGAUGCCACUGCCCGCACCUGCUGCAUCCCUGCCCCCGACCCACUUGCUCAGUUCCUGCCGGUCGCAGGGAGAUGGACCCUCUUGAUAAUGUUUCUCACAGCCAAGGAAGCCUCUGAAAGUGAAUGCCAGGAGAGAUGGCACAGGGCCUCGUGCUCAAGAAGGGGAGCCCUCGCACAGGAGGGCGGGGUGCACACUGGAGCCCUGCUCGGAUCUCUCUUCCAUGUACAGUGAAAACAAAGUAAAGGCUUUUAUAGAACUGACAAAA